AUGGCAACAAGGAGGUCUCACACCAAUACGCCAGUUCUCAUCAUUGGAUCUGGCAUAUCAGGAAUAUGCACUGCCAUUGAUCUGAUUCGGCGUAACAAAUCCCAUGAUUUUAUUAUCGUUGAGAAGGGUAGUCAAGUUGGUGGAACGUGGAACGACAACAAGUAUCCAGGAUGCUGUUGUGACAGUAUGGUCCCUUUCCUUUACCUUCUCUACAAAGCUGUCUUUUACUUGGACCCCUUGGUCUGGAGCCACCUCUACUCCUUUUCUUUCGACCCAAAUCCGGACUGGAGUCGUGAAUAUGCUGGUCAAGAAGAGAUUCUUCACUACUUGGUCAAUGUCGCUCAAAAAUGGGGGCUUUUCCAGAAAAUCAGGUUUAAUACUGCCGUCUCUGAAGCGCGUUGGGAUGAUGCAGAAGGCCUCUGGAAGACACAAGUACAAGUCACUGGCGACAAAGAAGCAGAGUUCGGAAAGGAGUAUACAAUUAACUCACAAUACCUCGUCUCUGCAGUAGGGCAGCUAAACGUGCCAUCAUACCCGGAGCUGCCAAAUCUCGACUCCUUCAAAGGGAAGGUCAUGCACUCUGCGCGAUGGGAUUGGAGCUAUCCAAUGGAUGGCAAAAAGAUCGCAGUUAUUGGAAACGGGGCGACUGCAGCACAAAUUAUCCCAGAAUUGGCAAAGAUCUGUAAUACGUUAACUGUCUUUCAGCGGACGGCAAAUUGGGUGGUUCCAAAGUUCAACACCGAGAUUAGCGAAAUAAGGAGGAAAGCAUACCGUUACAUACCUGGCGUUCGGAAGGCCCAUCGAGCAAAAUUGAUGGAUAUACGAGAGACUAUUUAUCAAGCCAGUGUCGUUGAAAACUCAGAUGCCAAGGCCGAGUUAAAAAAGAUGUGCUUGGCAUUGCUAGAGGAGCAUUUACCGGACAAUGCAGAAUUGCAGGAGAAGCUUAUCCCAAGCUACCCUCCUGGAUGCAAGAGGAUCAUCAUGUCUGACGACUUCUUGUCAACUCUAACCCAGCCACAGGUCACUCUCGAGACACAUGGUAUCAAACACGUCACACCAUCCGGAAUAGUUGUCGAGGGCAAUACCGAACACCCUGUCGAUGUAAUCGUUUUCGCUACAGGCUUUCGCACACUGGAGUUCAUGUACCCAAUCAAGAUCUAUGGCAAAUUCGGCCGCUCUCUCGCCAACAUUUGGCAAAGUGGUACGCGAGCGUACCUGGGAAUGACUGUCGAGUCACUACCAAAUUUUGCAAUGCUGUACGGUCCGAACACUAAUCUGGGACACAACUCUGUCAUUCUGAUGGUAGAAGCUCAGUCGCGGUACAUUAGCGCCAUGAUAUCUACAGUAUUGAAAGCCUCUAUACGCGGUGAGAAGUUGGAGAUCAUGGUAAAGGCGGAAGCAAUGGCGUACUACAACAAGGAUAUCCAGGAGCGCCUCAAACUCACCAGCUUUGCGAAUCCGGCUUGUCACAGUUGGUACAAGGCUGCCGACGGCACCGUCACCAACAACUGGUGCGGUACGGUGGUUGAGUAUCAGCAGAGGGCGUCGAACAUUGACUGGUCAGCCUACGAUAUGACGGGCAGAGGUGCCGGGAUGGCCAACAAGGAGAAGAAGUUGCAUAUUGGCCGGGUCGUGGAGGAGUCGCAAUACGCGAAAUUGGCAUUUUGGGCGGCCCCUGCAAUCUUUGCGGCAUGCAUGAUAAAAGGUUUUGUGACAAGCUAA